AUGGCCCCUCAACAUCGUCAAGUUGCUGUUAUCGGUUCUGGACCAGCUGGUCACACUGCCGCUAUUUAUCUUGCUCGUGCCAAGUUGAACCCCAUCAUGUUUGAGGGUAUGAUGGCCAACGGUUUUGCUCCUGGAGGCCAACUCACCACAACCACCGAUGUUGAAAAUUUUCCUGGUUUCCCCAAGGGUAUCCUUGGUGGCGAACUGAUGGACAAGAUGCGUGAACAAUCAGAAAACUGCGGUACCACCAUCGAAACCGAAACCAUCAGUAAACUCGACUGUUCUUCUCGUCCUUUCAAGAUUUGGCGUGAAGGUUCUGAAGGAAAUGAGGAGCCCACUGAUACUGCUGAUGCCGUUGUCAUCGCCACUGGUGCUUCUGCCAAGCGUAUGUACUUACCUGGUGAAGACAAGUACUGGCAAAAUGGUAUUUCUGCUUGUGCUGUCUGUGACGGUGCUGUGCCUAUUUUCAGAAACAAGCCUUUAGUUGUCAUUGGUGGUGGUGACUCUGCUGCCGAGGAAGCUAUUUAUCUCACUAAAUACGGUUCUAUUGUUCACGUCCUUGUUCGUCGUGACGUCCUUCGUGCCAGUAAAGUUAUGGCUAACCGUUUGUUAAAUCACCCUAAGGUUAAAGUUCAUUUUAAUACAUCUCCUACUGAAGCCAUUGGUGACGGCAAUCUUCUUACAGCUGUUGCCACCAAGAAUAACGCUACUGGUGAAGUCGGUCAGAUUGAAGCUUCCGGUCUCUUCUACGCCAUCGGACAUAUCCCUGCUACUGAUUUGGUUAAGGGACAUGUUGAAUUAGAUGAAACUGGCUACAUUAAGACAGUUCCUGGAUCCUCUGAAACUUCUGUUCCUGGUCUUUUCGCUGCUGGUGAUGUUCAAGAUAAGCGUUACCGCCAAGCCAUUACCUCCGCCGGCUCCGGUUGUAUGGCAGCUCUUGAUGCUGAACGUUAUUUGAGUGAACUUGAAGCUGAGCAACAGAAGACGAUAUGA